AAACCCUCGCUCGCCGGCGCAGAUGGCAGCGCUCAGCACCGGCGCACCGGCGAUACCUCGCUUCGCAGCUCGCACAGCAAGCACUUGAUUCGGCACCCCUCGUCUCUACGGACGGCGACGGCGCAGGCCCCAUGGAGAGGGCACCGAUGAGCGACCCGAUGUCCAAGAUCACCGACGACAUCCUCGUGGAUAUCAUCUCGCGGGUGCCUUACAAGUCCACCUGCUGCUGCAAGUGCGUCUCCACGCGCUGGCGCGACCUCUUCUCCCACCCCGACCACCGCAAGAAGCUGCCCCAACCCCUCGCCGGCUUCUUCUAUGAAAGCUACAACAGGGACCGCUUCCCCAAGACAGCUCGCUAUUUCACGAAUGUUUCAGGAAAAGGUCACCCUCUCGUCGACCCUUCACUAUCCUUCUUGCCCAGAUACGAUAGCCUUCACAUCUUGGAUUGCUGCAAUGGCCUCCUCCUCUGCCGCUGCUGGAAACCCACUGACCCCAAGACAUUGGAUUAUGUGGUGUGCAAUCCUGCCACCGAGAAAUGGGUUGUUGUGCCAGCCACUGAUUGGUCCAGCAAGGUGGUGGUUGCUCGCAUUGGGUUCGAACCCGCAGUCUCCUCCCACUUCCAUGUCUUUGAGUUCAUUGAUCAGGAGGUAUGGGGUAUAGAUCAGUCUGAGCUAAGCGCUUAUCGUGGACGUAUUGAAGCGGUGGCGACCUACUCAUCCAAAGCUGGAGUUUGGACGCAUCAAAUGGUUGAGGACGAGGAAUUUGUGAUACCUGCUCAUUCAAAAGGUGUUUUCUUUAAUGGGAUCAUGCAUUUGGCUGCAUUUGAUUAUAUGGUAGUCACCUUUGAUGUCGAAGGAAAUCUUUUGCGGGUCAUUGGGACUCCUUCACCAUCAUACCGCUAUGAAUUUCCUGUCAACGAUGUCUUUCUAUCAUAGGGACAGUUAUAUUUUUCAUACGGUACUGAUUCUGAAUCUGAUAACGGUUCUGAAACAAGUUCUGAAUCUUAUAGUUCUGACUUAUUAGUCUGGGCUCUUGAGGAUUACAGUAGUGAAAAAUGGACCUUGAAGCACACUGUUAGCCACUUGCAACUGUUCGGAGACAAAUUUUCAGGCUACCCUGAUUACAAUGUUGUCUCAUUCCACCCGGAACGUAAUAUGAUUUUCAUAGUUUGUGGGGACGAGAACUCACUUAUGUCAUAUGAGAUGGAUUUCAGGAAGCCACGUUUUCUGCGUCGACUUGGAUGUGAAUGCCAACUUGAAUAUCGUAAGGUUGACGUGAAGACUCCUUUUAUUCCAUAUGUUUCUUUGUUCAUGGAGUCAUUGGCAGAUGGGCCCUGAAGAGUCCUACUUGCGUACGGCAACUUCACAGUUAUCUUUAUGAAGUCCUAGUUUCUCGGGAUGCUUGAGUGCAGUAAUGUACCCGACUCAGCUAGCUAUUGGCUAUUGCACUUUAUAUAGUAACUGAUCUUAUGUUUGCGUCUUUGUAUAUAUUAGUAUUUCGAGCAGUUUCAUAUGGGUAGUGUUUAACCAUGGAUACUAUGAUUGCUUCGUUGUACAGUUAUUGUCUUUGGUAUCUAGAGUCUGGUUUCUGCUUA